ACAUCCUCAAUUUCAAACAAAAUUCUAAAAAAUGACAAUUCAUCGCAUCUUAUUGGCGUUCUUUUUUCUCUCCCUAAUUUACGUCGCAUGCGGCGAGAAAUCAUACAAUGUAGUCACCCUUGUCGGAAACUACAAUCCAAUCAAGGAUGUGAAUGAUCAAUAUUUUCAAGAAAUAGCAAAAUAUGCAGUUUCAGAACACAAUAAAGAAUCAAAAGAUAACCUUAAAUUUGUCAAAAUUAUUAAAGGUGAAACCCAGGUUUCUGUUGGCAGAAAUUAUCGUCUUACGAUUGCUACCGAUGAUUCUAAAAAGUAUGAAGUUGUUGUUUAUGAUCAACCAUGGCAGCGUUAUAGGAAACUUUCUUCUUUCAAAUCUGUUUAGAUCAUCUUUGAUUGAUGGUUACUGGUUCGUAUUGAUUUAAUUUGUUUUGGGCGGGAAAUUAUUUAGUUUUGAGUUUGAAAUGAAAUAAAAAUGAGAAUCUGCAUGGUCUUGUCGCAUCGGUUGAUGCAUG